AUGUUUACAAAAAUUAGAGAUAAUCUAAAAAAGAUAGAUAUUUUUGGAUAAUCUAUAACACUUAGCUUUCGUUAAGAAGAGUAAUACAGAACAAGUUUUGGAGGAACACUUUCUUUAUGCAUAAUUGCUACAAUAAUUAGUUUUUUUUACUCAAAUAUAAUUGACUUUUUUAAAAAAAACUCAGUAUCCUCUGAAUAAGAAUAAUAAUUUAGUGAAGAUCCAAGUACAAUCUAACUUUUACCAAAUAAUUUUAUGUUUGCAGUUCAGAUUGAUUAAGUAAAUUUUACAACAAACCCUUACUUUAAUAUUACAGUAGAACAGAGAGCAUAUACCAGAGAUGAAAAUGGAACAUAAGUAAAGUUGUCUCCAGUACAUGUUGAUUUAGUGCCUUGUACAAUUGAACAUUUUGAGCCAAUAUUUAAUUAAUACAAUUCAUCUUUUGAAGUUUAGUUUAAUCAAUAUAGCUUAAAUAAUUUUUUGUGUCCUAAUUUACAGCAUCCAUUGACAUAAAAUAUGACAGUUGGAGGGUCAUGGACAAGUAAGACAAUGAUUAUAAAUAUUAUUAGGUAGGGAAUUCUCCUUUUUGAAAUUUGUGGUUUCUUCAUGUAAAAGCAAUACAGGAAAUAAUUUUUCAUGGAAACCACAAUGUAAGACAGAUGAAGAAAUGUUUAAAUAAUUGAAAUCAUCUGGAAGCUUCCGAUUUUAAGUAUAUACAACUAAUUAUGUAAUUUAUAAAUGUAUAAAAACAUAGUUAAUCAAUCCUGGAUCACCUACAAAUUAUAUUAAACCUUAUAUAGCCAUAGAAUAAUUUUAUUCAUUUGUUCCAAAUGCUAUGUUUGUCCAAUCAGAUAUUUUCAUUCGACCUAGAACAAUUACAACAGAUGACGGAAUAUUAAUGUAUCCUUAAUAAUCAACUUAAACUUAUAUAACAAGAGAAUACAUGGAUAAUAGAGAAUAAUCUGCUAUAUCUGGUUUAACCCCUGGAUAUUAUGGAGCUUUUUAUUUUGUUAGAAGUCCUUACUCUUAUGUUAUUUCAAGAAAUUUUAUGAGACUCGAUGAAUUAUUGAGUUAUUUAGGAGGAUUUUCACAAUUUAUGAUAGCAGUUAUUGGAGUUUUAAUUAAGUUUUAUAAUCGUGAACAUAUGCUCAUAGAAAUGGCUAAUGAUUUAUAUGAAUUCGAUCUUAAUAAAAAAAGACAUAAUACUAUUGAAGCAAAUAAUAGUUUAUUAUCAUCCACACAAAGGGGAAGAGAAGCCUUGAAAAAAUCAAUGCAUAAAAUAAAAGGAGAUUCAGCACUUAAUAUAAAAAGCAUGAGUACUUUUAAUUAGAAACCUAUUAUGGGAUAAUUUGUAGAACCUAAGAAUAUUGAUAAAUAAGAUAGUCUUAAAUUAAAAGAAACUAUAAAUUCACAUCGACCAAGUAAACUUAAAAGGGUUAGUUAGUUAAAGGUUUAAAGUUCAGUUAUUUUUGAAUAGUUUAAAUAAUUAAUGAUAUCUAAUUAACAUAUAGGGAUUAGUUUAAAGUUGAUAUUAAGUUAAAUUAUGCCCUUUUAAUGUAUAUAAUCAGAUGAAUGUAUAGUAUUAAAAAAGGCUAUGUAGAUAUUAUUGAUUAAUAAUUAGAGCUUAAGUGAAUAAAGAAUUGGAUAUACAAUAUAUCAUUAGAUAGUUGCAUGAGAUGAUAAAAUUAAAGAGAGUUCUUUUUAACCCUGAAUAAAUAACAUUAUUUAAUUUUAGUCAUAGGCCAACAAUAAGUUUGAUUAGAGAUAAAAGAAAUAGAAAAUCAACAGUGUAAAAUCUUAUUAAAACUUUAGACUCAAAUAAAUUUUGGAAAACCCAACUUAAGAAAUAGUGCUAUCCCAAUUAUUCACUGAUCUGGUCAAUUCAUAUUAAAAGUUGAUAGGAUUGGAUGAUUAAAAUAUGACAGAAGAAUAAAUUCGGUUCAAUUAAAGAUUGAUCUUACUUUUGGGAUCGAAAUUACCUCAUUUGUUAGAGAAAGAAUUAGCAUAAGCUUCGGAUGAGGAUUCAAUUGAUGAGGAUCCAAAACCUGAUGAUAUAAUGAGUAGAUCAAAUUGA